UGGGUGUUGCUUAUUGCUACAGCUUGCAUUUCAAGUCUCUGCAAAGUGUGGGGGGGAGGUUAAAAAGGAGGGAGAAAAAUAAAAUACAAGAAGAAGCAAAGGCUGUGUGAUCGAGGAGCCGAGAAAGAAUCGCCUCUGCAUUUUUGCUUCAGAGAUAAGGCAGAGAAAUGUCAAAACUGGAGCCACCGCAGGUGCUGCAGGAUCAUCUGGCCUUUCUGAGACGGGAGCAAGAAGACGGGAAAAUAGAAGAGCACAGGAGAAGCGAGGAACUGCUAAGACAAACUGAAGCCGAGAGGCAAAAGAUUCUUUGGGAGUGGAAGAUGUUGAAUGACUUUUUGGAAGACCAGGAACAAAUCCUUCUGAAUUGGCUGGGAGAGCUGGACAGAGACAUUAUCCAAAGAAGAGAUGAGGACGUCCCCAGAUUGUCCAGGAAAGCUUGCCUACUUGGUAAGAAGAGAGGAGGAGCAGAGGAGGAAAAAGGACCUUCUAGCCAAACUCUGCUGGGAAUGGAAGGGACUAACAGCAGCAGGGAGGAGUGGCUGAUUCCCAACCCAGAAUUAGUUUUUCUGGAACUGGAGCAAAGACUGGUCCAUUUCUCUCAGAAAAGAAGCGUCCUGCAGGAAGUCUUCCUUGGGUUCAAAGAGACGCUGCGACUGGAGCUGGAGAGCAGCACAGGCUGCACAGUCAUUUCAGCGCUUUGUUCUAGAUUGCUAAACCCUUCUGGGACUCGCAGAAGAGAAAACUAUGCCGCUGAACCCACUCAGAUGCGGAAAGCGAAUGCCAGCAUGUUUGCCCAGGGGCUGAUGACAACUGAGAAGGACACCAUGUAUUCAACAAAGCAGGAGUGGGGUCUGAUAGACCUCCGACCAAAAGCCCUCAAAAGGGACAGCAGUCAGGAGAAACACAGGAAGACAACCUCACUGGAAGGACUGACCUAUCCUGACAUCCUCCGUUUGCAUCCUGUGGGGGCUGGGUACAUAAGCAAGGGGGCUCUUCCUCAUCUGGGCAGGCCUGUGAAAGUGGAACCUAGUGGGCAGUUGCAGGGAGCAGUUCGAGGGAGCACACUGCUGCAUCCCCAUCAGAAAGCAGACUCUGCAAUUCUGUGUCAACCAAAGAAUCAACAGGAAACCCUUCCAGCCAAGGCAACGCAAGAAUCCCUUUCUUCUGUUGGAGGCUCGAAGGAUCAUCCUCUUCCUGCAGCCCAACCUACAGAGGAGAGACCCUAUAAAUGCCUGGACUGUGGGAAAAGCUUCCCAUGGGUCUCACGCCUUAUUUCGCACCGGAGAACCCACUCGGGAGAGAAGCCCUACACAUGCUUGGACUGUGGGAAGAGCUUCACUCAGCGAUCCAGCCUAUUAGCCCACGAGAGAAUCCACACAGGAGAGAAGCCGUACGAAUGCUCCGAGUGCAGCAAAAGCUUCUGCUGGAGCUCAGACCUCACAAGACAUCAAAAAAUCCACACAGGAGAAAAACCAUAUAAAUGUCCAGAUUGUGGGAAAGGUUUCAUUCAGAGCUCGCACCUCAUUGCCCACAAACGAACACACACAGGGGAAAGACGUAAAAGUCUAGACCAAGAGACAAUGUUCCUCUGGAGGCCGCAGCUGCCUCCACUUGGCCGAACCUACCUGGAAGAGAAACCAUACAAAUGCCCAGAUUGUGGGAAAACCUUCAGCCAGACCUCGUGCCUUCUGGCACAUGAGAGAAUCCACACCGGAGAAAAACCAUAUAAGUGUUCUGACUGUGGGAAAAGCUUCAGCAGAAGCUCCCAUCUUCACACACAUGAGAAAAUCCACUCCGGCAUGAAACCAUAUGUCUGCUUGGACUGUGGGAAGAGCUUCACUCAUAACGCCCAGCUCCUUUCCCAUGAGAGGACCCAUACAGGAGAAAAACCGUACCAGUGCUCCCAUUGUGGGAAGAGCUUCAGCUGGAGGUCAGAUGUUCUUAGACACCAGAAAAUCCACACUGGAGAGAAACCAUACAGGUGCUCCUACUGUGGAAAAUGCUUCAUCCAGAGCUCCAACCUUAUAGCCCAUGAACGGAGGCACACGGGCGAGAAGCCCUACCAAUGCCCUGAAUGCACAAAGAGGUUCAGUCGGAUCUCGAGCCUUAAAAGCCACCAGAGAGUCCACACAGUGGGAAAGCCGCUGUAAAGACAUCAUUGUUGGUGGCCUCCAGGGAAAAAAACACUAGAGAUUUGCAGAAGCAGCAAAUCAGGUUCCUAUCCUUCAGCCAGGAAGACAACCCGGUGGCGGGUGGUAGUGGUUAGCAGCAUACUUUCCUCUGAAAAUCUUGUUUAUUUCACUUUUGAUUUAGUUUUCAACCUGUCUUACACAUCCAUAAAUGGCAUCCCCCUGCCCUUUCCAAUCCUAAACAAAACAAAAACUCCUGAUAAGAACCUGGAAAUACCUACCAGCCACAUAUCUGUAUACUGUAAAUCCCAUCAUUACUCAGAGGCAAAAGGAAUCUAACGAAUGGGCCUAGUCCUCACUGAGGUGGUUGACUUCUGUCUGGUCUAUACCACUUCAUAUUAAAGGUAGGGACUCACAUGACGAAUGUCCUCCAAACAACAGCAGAAUUCACUACUUGUAGAAAACUAGCACAUCAGGGACAUGUGUUCUAGCUUUGUGUCAUUGUGAAUAUGGCUACUUUUCCAUGUGCGAGGAAUUGUAUGACAGAGCAUUCAAGUACGUGAAGCCCACCCUAUAAUCUGAAUUGAUAAAGCACAGACACAGGUUUAGCACCUCAGCAAGAAGCAGACCGUAGACAUCCUUUCAUUUUAUGGAGGAUUCUGACCAGAAUAUAACUUCCCCCGCUAUACAAACUGUUAUCCUCCAUUGAAAUUAAUACUGUUCUCAUUUCGGAACCCAAGUCCAAUCUGAGACUAGCCCAUAUUCAACGAGAAAGUGGGAGUGGGCAAAACUUUAAUGUAUGGUCCAUUAGGAGCUAGGAGUACAAAUAGGAACAUAGGAAACUCAGCUGUCAUAUGCAGAGUCAGACCAUUGGUCCAUGUAGCUCAGUAUUGUCUACACAGACUGGCAGUGGCUUUUCCAA